AGACGAUACACUGAAAAUGUAAGUACAAUAUUUAUAUUCCAAGGGAUUUAUUUUAUCGUUAUAGGGGAACAAUGAGAAAGUCAGCCCUUUUUCAGGACUAGCGUGCUGUGACCCUUCUGUAUGGUUAUGUCUGAUUGUGUAAGCAAGUCGGUUUUGAGUGAGGGGAAACUUGGGGGAACGCAAGACAAAUCAGACUCCAGUUGUCUGAAAAGGUUGAGAGCCCCUGCACUGGGGCAAACCAAAACAUGCCUGGGGUGUCACUGUGCUAGCAUAUAUCCAGGAGUGUGCAAACUGGAGUGAACUGGCAACCAAUCAGUCCCACCACAAGCAAAACGUGUAGGCUGGCCAGAAGUUGCGAAACACACAAACCUUCAGGCUCCCGUUCUCUUGAGCAGGCCCUGUGGCUGCUGCUGCAACAGCUGCCAAAACAACUUGCAACUUCAGGAAGGGAGCUGAUUACUGAUGAAAGCUCCACCCAGCCCUGGGCUUCAGGAAGCAAGUAAGUGCAGCUCAACUCUGUGUGCAUCUGCCCUGCCAGAUACAAUGGCUGCUGCAAAUCCAGCCAAAACGCUGCAGGAGGAAGCUACUUGUUCCAUCUGCCUGGAUUAUUUUAAAGACCCGGUGAUGAUUAUAGACUGCGGGCACAACUUCUGCCGAGCCUGCAUCACCCAGUGCUUGGGGCAAUGGAAGACCAACCUCUCCUGCCCUUGCUGCAAGGGCAGCUUUCCCCAGAGACACCUUAAGCCCAACAGGCAGCUGGCCAACGUGGCAGUGGUGGCCAAACAGCUCAGCCUGCAGCUGUUCAAAGAGCCCCGAGGCGGGAGGGUGUGUGAGAAACACCUGGAGGCUCUGAAACUCUUCUGCGAGGAGGAUCAAACCCCCAUCUGCGUGGUAUGCGACAGGUCCAAGGAGCACAGGGCUCACACGGUGGUUCCCAUAGAAGAGGCUGCCCAGGAGUACAAGGUGCAAAUUCAGAGCCACCUGGAGAUUUUGAAGAAAGAGAGAGCUGAGAUUCUAGCGUUUCAAUCGAGUGGGGAAAUGAAAAGCAAGGAACUUCUGAAAGAAGUGGAAGCCGAGAGGCAGAAGGUUGUGUCUGAAUUUCAGCAGUUGCGCGUGUUUCUGGAGGAACAAGAAAGAUACCAGUUGGGCCGGCUGGGCAAGCUGGACAAGGAGAUUGUGAAGAUGAGGGAUGAAAAUGCCACCAAAUACUCUAAGGCGCUCUCUUGCCUCAACGAUCUGGUCUGCGAGAUGGAGGGGAAGUGCCAGCAGCCAGCGAGUGAAUUCUUGCAGGUCGUCAGAAGCACCUUGAGCAGGUAUGUGGCCCCUUCUUGCUGCCAACUCACACUUUCCAGCCCACACUUCAACUGGUGGAGAUGCAAGACUGGGAAGGGGAAGUUUCAGAAUCCAACAGCUGAGUCUCCUGACUGGAGAAGAAGACUCAAAGAACUCUCUCAAGAAACCAUAUUGCUACAGAAUGCUGUGAAGGAAUUCAAAGAGUCUCUGCCAUCUGAAACUCUGUUGGAAUCAGCAAAUGUGUAUUUUGAUCCAGACACGGCACAUCCCCGAUUCGUCGUAUCCAAGAGACAGAAAAGUGUGAGGUGGGGAGACACGCGGCAGGAUCUGCCCUACAGUCCUAAGAGAUUUGAUCCUUCUCGCUGUGUGCUGGGCUGUGAGGGAUUCACCUCGGGGAAACAUUGCUGGAUGGUGGACGUGGGGGAAGGGGGAAACUGGGCUGUGGGGGUGGCCAGAGAGUCUGUGAGGAGGAAGGGAGAAAUCAGCUUGGACCCUGAGGGGGGCAUCUGGGCUAUAGGGCUCUGCAGAGGUCAGUACCGGGUUCUAACCUCCCCUGUGACUCUUCUGACCCUGAACAGAAGCCCUACGAGGAUUGUGGUUUAUCUGCAGUAUGAAAAGGGGUUGGUGAUAUUUAUAGAUUUUGAUAAAGAGGCCACGAUAUUUUCAUUCCUAUCAGCUUCUUUUACAGGGGAGAAAAUCUUCCCUUUUUUCCGGGUUGGGGAUAUGCAAACGCACCUCAAGCUACUCCUCUGAAUCACAGGGUAACACAUGGCCUCGAGGCUCUGUACUGAGAGCAUCCUUGACAGAAGGAGAUGAUUGGGUUACAUGGGCCAAACUCAUUGACCUUGUCCACACUACAGGGAUGUUUGCGGACUAGCUAACCCCCACCCCCCCCCCCACCAUCAUCUGUGCUGGCAUAAUCCCAUAAUAUAGAUUCAGCCGACGCCAACAGAAGGGGCUUUGCCGUCGGUGUAAGAACUCCCCCUCCCCAAGUGAAGAUAACUACGUUGAUGGAAGCCUACUUCCAUUGCCAUAGCUGGGUCCAUGCUGGGGGCUAGGUUGUCAUAGCUACAGCAUCCGGGUGUGUGUUGUUUUUCCCCCACAACCCUGACUGAUGCAGUGUGUCAUCCUAACUUUUUAAGUGUGGCCCAGGCCAUUGUCUCAGAGAUUGUCUGGCGUGUUUCCGCUCCAACCUCUGCAGGUUCCCUAGGAUUGGCCGUCUGCCAGCUCAGAGUAUGAGAGAGGGGGAACCUGGGGUGGGAGAGAGGGAAGGAAAUGGGGUGUGGAGAGAGAAGCCCAGGAAAGAGGAAGUGGAGAUGGGGGAGGGAAAUGGUAAGCAGGGAAGGGAAACCCAGAGAAGACAAGGUGUGGACUGGAGGUGGGAAGCUAGGGAAGGGGGGGCGGGAUUUGAGAACAAAGAGAAGAGAUGAAAGGGGCAGGGGUGUGGUUACACCGUGUGAAUUACACUCACUUUAUGAUGAGUGGAAAGGUGAGGAUCACAUCCCUGUGCACUUGGUGGGAUCCUUCCCCUGAGCAGAGUCCCUGAGGGUACUUCUACACUACAGUGGCACAGCUACAGUAGGGUUGCCAACUUGGCAAUAUUUAAAAACCGGUCGCUCCAGCAGGAGUGCUGGAACUUCCCCUCCCCGCUUCUUCCCCCCAAGACUCCACCCCUGCUUCGCCUCUUCCCCUGAGGCCCCGCCCCAUCCAUUCCUCUUCCCCACUUCCCCCUGUCACUCACUGCUUUUCCCCUGUCUGUCUGUCUGUCUGUCUCUCUCUCUCACGCAUACGCGCACACAACUCGCCACCUGGGUCAGGGACUCGCCUGCAGAGCCGGGGCUGGGAGCGGCAGUCCCCCAAUGCAGGUAGGAGUUGCCCCAGUUGAGUAGGGGCUGGUACGGGUGAUGACUUAGCACCUCCCCGCUUCCCCCGCCCGCAAUAACUGGACUUUGAGAGUCCAGUCAGUAGAUCUGAUUGGACACUGUCAGGUCCCCUGUUCAACCGGCACCUGGCCACCCUAAGCUACAGCGCUGCAAUUUUGCCGCUGGAGCCCCGUAGUGUAAAUGUUUCCAACAUCAAUGUAAGGGGGUUUUGCAUUAACAGAGUUAAUCCACCUCUCCAAGAGCUGGCAGCUAGGGCAACGGAAGAAUUCUUCCAUCGACCUAGCCGCGUCUAUGCUGGGGUGAGGUUGACUUAACUACGGCACUCAGGAGACAACAUUUUUCACAGCCCUGAGAGACGUAGUGAGGCCAAUCCAAGUUUUAAGUGUAGACCAGGCCUAACUUUACAUAUAUAUCUGGUAAAUGCAAGAGCCUUAACGUCAGGUUCGGGCCCAGGCCCUGGUUGGCUCCUUCCAGGGAGGACAAGAAGGAUGUUAUAAAAACAGCUCCCUGCCUUGAAUUCUUGUGCAGCAUCCUUCUGGAAUCUCAGAUUCCCAGUGAGGAGACCAGAAACCGCUCAUCCACACAAGCAACGAUAGCUGAGCAUGCUCUGAGCUGGGAGAAUGUGAGAGCACCCAGUGGAAGGAAUCUGUUUUUAUGAAAGGUUUCUGCUAGUCACAUUGAGCCAGAGUACUAUUAUUAUUUUUUAAAGGAAUGGAGGUCCAGAUUUUCAGGGUGCUCAGCGCUCACAGUUGGGGCCAGAUCUUCUGAAGUGCCCAGCAUUCAGAUGCACCCCGUGUGCUGAGCUUGCCUGAAAAUCUGCCUGUUUAUUUAGGUGCCUCAAUGGAAGUUUAGAGAAUCUGACCCCCCAGUUUAGGGUUACCACCCGUCCGGGUUUUACCCAGACAGUCAGGUUUUUGGCUUCUGUGUCUGGGUGCCAUUUAGGAAAGUCGACUCAUAAAGGGGACCUGGCACCAGAACCAAAAGCCAGGUUACCAUGGGGCGAGGAUUGUCUCCUACCUGCAGACAGGUUCCUUGAGAUGACCCAGCAAGAGAGAGGGACAAGUGACAGGGGCGGGGCUUUGGGGGAAAGAGGCGGAGAAGGGGUGGAGCCUUUGGGAGAAGAAGUGGGGCCUCAGGGGUCCAGUUACCAGCAAUUAGAUAGGUGGCAACCCUACCCCGAUUGUGGGUGCUGAGCCCCCAAACUUCCAUCCAUAGCUUCUUGACUCUUACCCUGGAGGACUCUAUCAGAAUCCCUCCUACGAGCAAAAACUCCAAUGUGGCGUGAGAGCGCCAGGGGCAGAAUCCUGCUCCCAAUUACAAAGCAUCAUUGUAAUAAAGUUACGCACCUUCCCCCUAAUCAGGCUGCUCACAAGGGGGCUUCCCCCACUUUCUAAGGGAAUUUAGUCUUUUGCAGUAAGAAAUAGAAGUAGUUAUAAUGGCAGAAAUUAAAGAAAGGAAACCCUGCUUUGAGCCUGGUAUGUAUUGCUUCCCGUAUGGAGCAAGGAAAAAUUUGGGAACAUGAAGGAAAUGAGAAACGUCUGUAGGGAAAAUUUCAUAGAUAUGCACAGAACAAAAAACAUGGCAAAUAUCUCUUGCAUCCCAAGCCUUUCCCAUUAAGAGAAUUGGGUUUAAAGUAUUGUCAUAUUGGUUCUGUCUAUAAUUCCUAUUUCUUGCUUUUUUUUGGUAUCUGGUAGUAAAUUUACUCUUUGCAAACAA